AUGGUGCACUCUUGGGACGAAAAAUUUUCAGUCGAAGAUAGCGAACGCUUCUUUAAAAUUGUGUUGAAAAAUGCUCUUAAGAGAAAAGAAACCAAAAACAUUCGAUCGUCUUCUCAAAGAAAACCAAAUCUGAAGAAACAAUCUCAAGUCAAACAAACAGAAGGAAAAAAUUUUACUAAAGUAAUCAAGGACAAAAAAGGGACGCAAAAUAAAGACGACACAGUCAGUAUAACUGAAAAGUACAUAAUAAAAUCAUUCGCAAUAAAAAGUUUUGAACAGCAUAGUAACAAAAGACAAAGCUUCAUUGAAUCUGGUGAAGACAAUGAUGAUAUUAUACUCAAUGAGCAAAACAAGCAAAUGCACGAGGAUGAAACAUCUAUGAUAGAAAAGUUGAAAAUGUCUGAAAAGGAAGAAGGUAAAAAUCGAACCAAGAUAAACACAAAGAAGCGGAAACAAACAACUACAGAGAGUUCUUAUGAAUCUGAUGGAGAAAAGGAAGAACAAACGAAUGAAAAUAUUAGAAAGCAGAGUAAAAUCAAAAGACAGAGAGGUAAUAAUAAGGGCGAAAUAGAGGAAACAACAAAGAAAAACGCAGACAAUUUUAUUGACCUGGAAGAAGAAAAAAAUGAACAAAGAGACAAAAAUAUUAGAAAACAGAACAAAGUACAAAUAAUAAAAAGACAAAACAGUAAGGGAGAAACCGAUUCUGAUGAGACUGAUAAAGAGAUAAGUGAACAAACAGAUAAAAACAAUAGUGGCAUCGCCGAAAUGACAGACCAUGGUGAAGAGGAAGAAUAUUUAGUGAAGAAGCGACAAGAAAACAAUGAACGAUAA